AUGGUCAAAGGUCUCCAGUCCUCCCUGCCCCUUGGACUGACCUCCAUGGAGAUCCGAGUUCUCCAAGCCCACAUCUCAGACACCUUGGUCAUCGUCACGAUGGACAACAGCCUAGACCUGAACAUGGACAUUGUGGCCGAGAUCAAGGUGAACUAUGACGACAUUGCCGGCCGCAGUCGGGCCGAGGCUGAGAGCUGGUACCGCAGCAACUGUGAGGAGAUGAAGGCCACGGUGCUCCGGCACGGGGAGACCCUGCGCCGCACCAAGGAGGAGAUCAACGAGCUGAACCGCGUGAUCCAGAGGCUGACGGCCGAGGUCGAGAAUGCCAAGUGCCAGAACUCCAAGUUGGAGGCCACUGUGACCCAGGCGGAGCAGCAGGGCGAGGCGGCCCUUAAUGAUGCCCGCUGCAAGCUGGCCAGGCUGGAGGAGGCCCUGCAGAAGGCCACGCGUGACAUGGCCUGCCUGCUCAAGGAGUACCAGGAGGUGAUGAACUCCAAGCUGGCCUGGACAUCGAGAUCGCCACCUACAGGCGCCUGCUGGAGGGCGAGGAGCACAGCUGGACGGGGGCGGCUGAGCAGCUCCUAUGAGGACAAGAGUCCCGGGGUGUUGCCCUUUGGUUCUUUCCCCAGGCUGUGCGAGGGCGUCGGGGCUGUGAAUGUCUGCGUCAGUAGCUGCCGCGGUGGCGUCGUCUGUGGCGAUCUCUGCGCCUCUGGCGCUGCCCCUGCUGACACCACCAGCGUCUGCAGCGCCUCCUGCAGCGACAACGUGGUGGUGGGCACCGCCGACGCCUACGGCCCCUGCUCUGGGCUGGGCUGCAGCAUCGUGGGCUCUAAGAGGUGCUAG